AUUCCAUUGUCAUCCCACAUUAAUCCUCCAUUUCUAUCCCUUCAUUUAUUAUUAGUAAAAUAACAAAGUCAUUAUCACUUCUUGCCCUCCAAAUCCCAUCAUCAAUUCCUUUUUACGAAAUAACAAAUUAUAAGAAGAGAGACAAAGGAAAAAGAGGUUUUGGUUUUCCUUGAUCAAGUCAAGAUGUUGGGGAUAUUCAACAAGGAAUUGGCACACCCGCCUCAGGAGCUGAACAGCCCCCCGGGCCCGAACAAGAACCCGGCCUCGAAGGCUAAGCCAUCGAGGGAGAUUGUCCGGGAUUUCCAGUCCCUCCACGCGUCGAACUCGUUCGACAUCUGCUUUGGGAAUGGGGCCUUUCUCGCAUUCGCUCCCCAAGAAAGGAGAUCCUUCUCCACUCCCCAAAGGUUGUUCUGUGGAUUGGAGGACGUGUACUGCGUCUUCACUGGGAGCCUAAACAACCUGUGCAGCCUCAUCAGACAGUACGGCCUAUCGAAGGGGACGAAUGAGGCCAUGCUCGUGAUUGAAGCGUAUCGCACCCUCCGUGACCGAGGCCCAUACCCCGCUGAUCAGGUCCUCAAGGACCUCGAUGGGGAUUAUGGUUUCGUAAUCUUUGACAACAAGGCUGGCACUGUCUUUGUAGCAGCGGGGCCAAGUGAAAGGGUGAAGCUCUUCUGGGGGGUUGCUGGUGAUGGCUCAUUGGCGAUUUCAGACAGCUUGGAGGUCAUAAAGGGUGGCUGUGCCAAGUCGUACGCCCCGUUUCCUGCUAGUUGUAUGUUCCAUAGUGAGCAUGGACUGAUGAGCUUUGAGCAUCCGACGAGCAUGAUGAAGGCAAUGCCGAGGAUCGACAGUGAGGGGGUGAUGUGUGGGGCCAACUUCAAGGUUGAUGUCCAAUCCAAGGUCAACAGCAUGCCACGUGUCGGGAGUGAGGCCAACUGGGCCAUGUGGACCCAGAAUGCUUGAAGAAGAAGAACUUGAUCUUUGAAAAGUUUUUAAUUUCAAUUAAACUUGGGUGUUUCUGUAAUUUCCCCUUGUUUUUUUUUUUUGUCAUUAAUUCUGUUCUUUUUCCCCCACUGACACUUGGACUUGGUCCUUUGUCAAUGCGGCUGUGCACCUUUGUAUAUAGUCUUAUCAAUAAAAUAAAAAUUGACAUUUCUACA